AUGCUGCCACCACCUGACAAGAUGAAGAUGAAUGUGUCUGAGGCGGUUCAGUCGCGGCGAACCUGCCGGGCUUUUGAGCGACGCCCUGUGUCCAAAGAAACAGUUGAGGAGCUGCUGUCGCUAGCAUCGCGCGCUCCGUCUGGAGGCAAUACACAGCCGUGGCACAUAUAUGUCGUGGCGGGCUUGCAGCUGCAAGCAUUGACAGAUGCGGCGUUUGCGCACCUUCGCGGCGCCGGUGGUAAAAUUACAAUGGAUCAGGAGUACGCUACCUACCCUCGCAAAGUUGACAUGCCUGUUGACAUGCAUAAGGCAUACAUGAGACGGCGUGUGCAGGUGGCCCAGAACAUGUGGAAGUUGAUGGGUGUAACCAGGGAUGAUGCAGCGGGCCGUGUUCGAGCGCUGAUGGAGAACUAUCGCUUCUGGGGUGCUCCAGUGGGCAUGAUCGUCACUGUCGAUCGCUGUUGCGACAGGAAUGCUUGGGGACAUGCUGGCCUGCUCCUCCAGACCAUCGCCUUGCUGGCUGUAGAGCGGGGUCUUGCAACGGCGAUGCUUGAAGCCUGGGGAAAUCUUGGCAAUUGUGUGUAUGAUGUGCUCAGCAUUCCUUUCCAGAAAGAGGUGGUGUGGUGCGGGGUAGCCCUGGGCUACCCGGACCGUUCUGCGAACCUGAGCAACGUACCAACGGAUCGAUUAAGCGUGCCCGAGUUUUGCCAGUUCCAGGGCUUCGUCAGCGCAAAACUGUGA